CGCUACAUUUCCCUUUCAAUCAUCAUCAAUUCUUCAUUUAUCUUCAUCUUUCAUUUUCUCUCUCCUACUUCUUCAUCCUCUGAACAAAAAUUCUGGAAAAAACAAAAAAUGAGCUACAAAAAUUUCGAAAUCAUCCAACAAUCAUCCCCAUUUUUCAUCACUGAAACCACCAUUUUCCCCCCAAAAUCUCUCUCCUUAAACCCCUUUUUCCCUCCUCCAAUUCCCUUCGAAGAAGAUGAAGAACUCAUUUUCCCAACCCCAUUUGACUCAAUCUCCGAUCUAAUCCAGAUCGAAUCAACCCCAUUUUGCUCGUCCUUCAAACGAGUCAUUCGCCGAUUUGACUCGUCCGAGUCGUACCUGAAGAAGAUCUCCGACCGAGUCAGCUCGCUCGAGUCGAAGUUCGACCGACUUCUGCUGUUGAAGGAGAAGGAGGAGAAGGAGAAGAAGAAGAAGCAGGAGUUGAAACACUUGGAUAGGAAGUACUCGUUUACGGCUGAGAUUAAAGGGGAUGUUGAGAAGAAGUACAAGUGGACGGCGGAGAUUGAAGGGGAUGAUGUCAAGAAAGGGAAGAGAGGAGAGAGAAAGUAUCAAUGGAUGACUGAGAUUAAAGGGAAGGAAGAUGAUAAGAGGGUUUACACGUGGAAGGCUACUAUUGGUGGUGAUAAGAAGAAGAAAGAGAUUGAGAAGAAGAAGAAGAAUGGUGGUGAGAAGGGAUCCUCUGCUACGCGCAUUGUUGAGAUCGAAGAAUCACCUGAUCAAAGAGCUGUAGUUUUACGUCAGGCAUUUGCCAAAAGAGCUUCCAAUAGCAAGGGGAAAAAGAAAGAACUAUCACCCAUGGAUGCUGCAGCUUUGAUCCAGUAUAGCUUCAGGGCUUAUCUUAUUCGUAGAUCUCAGGCCCUUCGUGCCCUUCGUGAGCUGGCAAUUGCAAAAACCAAGUUGAAGGAACUCAGGGCUAUGUUCCACAACUUCUCCUACCGUAGCCGUGUUUCCCGUGAUGCUGAGGAGCGUCAGAAGUUCUCGGAGAAAAUUAUCGUUUUGCUCCUCACUGUGGAUGCUAUCGAGGGAGUUGAUGUGAUGGUGAGAGCUGCAAAGAGGUCAAUGGUUGAUGAGCUGGAGGCAAUGCUUGAUGUGGUGGAACCCCAGUCUGAUGGGAAAUCACUUUCCAUGAGGCGAAGGACCUUCGACAUGCCUAGUGGUACCAUCCAAAAGGAAAUUGCAGAAGGUGUUGCCCAGGUCGUCCAAAUGCUUGAUGAAGAAAACGGAGCCUUUGAGGCGUGCGUAUAAAGAAGUUGACUGCACGCAUAAAAGCAUGUUAUUCAGCUGUGUUUGUUGUUGUAUGACUUGUAUCUUCGUAACUUCGUUAAUGUAGGAGGUUAGAGUUUGCAGUCUGGAAACAUUUUAUAUUAAGCGGCUGGGUUCUUAGGUGUAGCGUAGUAUGUAUUCUCAAGAGGAUUUCCCUACCUAUUAGUCAUGUACUAUUGAGCAUAUGAGCUUACUGUUUUGGGAUGGUGUUGAACAAGUUUAUGUGAUCUGGGUUUUAUGCAAGUAUUGAUUUGGUGAA